UCUAGUUUCCAUUGAAUUUUCUGUCAAAGAUAUGUCAAUUAAUAAACUUCAAUGUCAAAUUUUUCCAUUAUUAUUGAGGAAAAUAAACAUUUAAAAAAACAGAUAUGAGUUUAACAGGCAGAAAUCGAACUAGUAUUUUGGAUAAACCUUUGAGUAGAGGUAAAGGAGAAGUAUCCCUCAGUUGUUUUGCCCUAUUGUUUUCAGAAGUUGUUCAGUAUUGUCAAAAUAAAUCUCAAACAGUGCCAGAACUACAAACAAGGCUGCAUGAACUUGGAAAACGAAUAGGUGUAAAACUUAUUGAUUUGUAUUUUGUUAGGGAAAGAGGAGGCAAAAGAGAGAUUAAGCUAUUAAACAUACUGUUAUUUGUAAAAUCUACUUUAUGGAAAGCUUUAUUUGGUAAAGAAGCAGAUAAACUGGAACAUUCUAAUGAUGACGAAAACACUUAUUAUUUAAUGGAAAAGGAGCCCUUGGUCAAUCGAUAUAUAUCAGUUCCUAGAGAUAAGAGUAGUUUGAAUUGUGCAGUUAUGAUUGCUGGAAUUGUAGAAGCGAUACUAACAGGAACUGGAUUUCCUGCAAAAGUAACAGCUCAUUGGCACAAAGGAACUACCUAUAUGGUGAAAUUUGAAGAUUCUGUUGUGGCUAGAGAUAAAAGUUUAGAAGAACGUUAGGUACUUUGAUUAGACUUUUGUUUAUGAAAUAUAUUGUUGAAUGUGUUUUGUA